AUGAUCAACGGAAACAGUCUAUAUUUUCAGGCUCUUUUGCUCUUAUACUAUCCCAAUAUAUUGUCUCGAGCGGUGCUGUUUCUCUAUGAAUUCAGCAUUAUUAUGCCCGAAGCAUCGUUUACUCAUUCGUGGUGUUCCUGUGCAAUUUCCAUGUACUUACCUUCGGUUAUAAUCGAACGAUGUUUUGCCUCCAAAUUUGUCGUCGACUACGAAAAAAUCCCUAGAACUUGGAUCAUCUCCAAAAGUUGGAUCAGCGGAAUUAUCAUCUCUUUGGGUUAUAUGGUGUCAGCGAUUAUUGCUGCUACCGUUUUACUGGGCAAGUUAUUGCUUAAUUCCUCAAUUCCUUUUGCAAACUUUGAGAAUCCGACAACUGUCAUCAACAAUAAAGCUCCUACAAAAAUUGUGUCUGUGAUUGUGCAUAUGUUCUUCAAUAAUUCAUUUAUUUCAGGAUAUUACAAUUUCGUCGUUUUAGUAGUAGGCUUUUGUGUAUUUAUGACUAUCUGUUGCUUAUUAUAUAUAGCACUCUACCGUCGUGACUCGGCGAGGUUGCGAGAUAUGAAUCGAGGUGUCAUAGCGAAAAACGUUAUCUACACUCUCAGUACAAGAUUUCAGCUGACGGAAAACCUUAGAGUGUUGAAGGUAAAUGUUGUGUUACUAAACAGGAUAUGUCCUUACAGGGGGUUCAGAUACUGUAUCCUUUGUAUAUUACAUCCAUGGAGAACGUCCUUCCCAUGCGCUCGUCGAAAUAAGGUCACCCGCACACUUCGCGCGCGGCGCAGCCCACUGCAAUCUCGAGAUGACAUUACAGUGCCACUAAGUGUCAGGGGAGCGAAUGAUUCCCAUUAG